AGAGGAAGCGCAGAAGAAUUUCUACUUAUCAUUUCGUCUCUAAUUUCGAUUACGAGAAUUUUCUGUUUGAUUAUGGGGAUAAUCUGUAGGGUUUCGCCUCGGGAUUUUGAUUCUCCUUGACUGAUCGCUCGUUUGUUCUUUCGUUCGAUUGGAAACUGUUUUUUUUUCCCUUAUCCGGGAAAUUUCGAGGCCAUGGGAAAGAUUUCGUUCAAGGAUUCGCUUAAAGCCCUUGAAGCCGAUGUUCAGCAUGCCAAUACUCUUGCUUUAGACUGUCCGAGAGAGAAUGAUGGAGGUUGUGUUCAAAUGAGAUUAUCUUACAGUCCAGCAGCUCCAUUUUUCCUUUUUCUUGUUCAAUGGACUGACUGUUCCCUUGCUGGUGCCUUGGGACUGCUUAGAAUCCUUAUCUAUGUGACUUAUCCAGAUGGAAAGACCACCAUGUCCAUAUACGAGCGAAAAGCUAGCAUUAGAGAAUUUUAUGUGGUAAUCUUCCCUUCUCUUCUGCAACUUCAAAGAGGCAUCACAGAAUUGGAAGAUAGAAAACAGAGAGAGGUCUGCAAUGCCAGGUACAAAAAAAGGGAUGAACUUGGAAGGGGAAAACUCUCAGAAAUCGACAUUGAAAGAGAAAAGGAGUGUGGAAUUUGUAUGGAAGUUAACGGCAUGGUUGUUCUGCCCAACUGCAACCAUUCUUUGUGCUUGAAGUGUUAUCGAGAUUGGCGCGGUCGUUCUCAGUCGUGUCCCUUCUGUCGGGAUAGCCUGAGGAGAGUCAACUCGGGCGAUCUCUGGAUCUACACAGACAAGGCUGAGAUGGUGGAUCUAACUUUAAUUUUUCAAGAGAAUCGCAAGAGACUGUUCAUUUACAUUGAUAAGUUGCCAUUGGUUGUUCCAGAUUCAGUGUUCCUUCCUCUUGAUUCUCAUAUCAGGUGAGAAUGUGGGACACAUUUCUCAAUCUGUGAGUAGCACUUGAACUUUCUGUGUAUAUAUAUAAUUAUAGGAUGAUAUUUGAUAAUGAUAGCUUAGGAAUUGUAAAGGUUUCUCUGGCCAAUGCUAGUUUGAUUGCACUUCCAUUUCCCUAGCUUAUCAACACUUUCGGUACACCCAAUAGUCUAAUUUCACCCACCCAUCAAUCAAUGCAAAUAUAUCUUUUUGAUUGAAA